CUCUUCUGGAACAAUCAAUCUACUUGGUCUGGCGACUGACGUGCGUCGCUCUCUCAAACUUCAGUGGACCAGGUAGAUUUGAUUCGGGUACACAACAGCCAGUUCCAAUUGAUGUACCCUCACGCAUCCUCCACAGCCUUUUACCAGGUGGAGGACCAAAGGAAACCCCUAGUCCUCGUGCAAAGGGACCCAGUAUUGUGGUAGGCAGCAAGCUAAGUUGCGAUACUUCACACGCUCGAUCGACUUUCAGCUGUGGGAAGGAUGUUUCCACAAAUGUUGCUAUUAACUCUUGUCCAUCUCUAGAUAAUCUGGCUGAUACUCAUAUCUCACUCAUCGGGCCUGCCAUUUUGGAAAAACUUAGUCAAAUUAGCCAGGUAUGUCAGUUCACUCAUUUCAUUUUUUUAAUCAGGAAAAAAUUAUCUAAAAUCCAUAAAUCUAAUUAA